AUGGGUCUGAAAGCAAAUUUUCUAAAUGUCCAAGUCCUUGGCCAUCAUGAAUUUCUUGUGGUUGAUGGUGAUGGUGAUGGUAAGGUGAACUUGGCCACUAAAUCAUACUCCCGUUGCAUGUUCCAAACCAUUGAGAUAUCAUGUGUCCAUGCAUUUACUGCAACCAGAAAAAGGAGCGUAAGCAUCUACUCAUUGUGUUCCCCUUACUACAGAAUCGAGUCAUGGAGAGAAACUUAUAAGGAAACUAUUUACCUUGUUGGUAACGAGGAUGAAUGGGUGAUCCUUAAUCACAUCAGAGAUUUGGUAGUCGAUGUCCCUGUUGAGAAAAAUCCUGUAGGACGGCCGAAGAAGAAGAAAUUGGGUAGGCCUAAGAACAACCGCUAUCCUUUUUGUGGGGAAAAGGUCAUCAAGCCACAUAAAUGUAGCAUAUGUGGUGGUAGUAGGCACAAUAGGAAGUCAUGUUCUUCUACUGUUAUUUUCUUGGUUUUGAUCUUAAUGAAAAAAAACUAA